AUGUCAGCGGAGAAGCGGACCUCUCUACUGCUGCCUUACGAUGCCGUGUUCCGAAUCGAAGUGUCCCUAUCCAGCCAAUCGACCUCUGCCAUCGUCAUGAGGACCACAGCAAGGCUGUACAGCCUGGAGGGGGUGCAGAGCUCCCGACCUCGUGUCGGUGAUGCAGAGUGGAGGUCAGUGGCUUACGGUGCUCCGUGCAUACAGCUCAUUCGCCUUGGCAGUGGGGAAAACAGCACUCUUUUCAGCAUUAGAGUGGUGAUUGCGGAGGUUGAAUCUGGUAUUGCAUUGUGGGAAGGAGUUGUCCAUGGCAACUGUCGAUAUGGGGCAAUGCAGAAGAACUUCCAUACCUUCAUUUCAUCUGAUAGCACAUACGCCAUUCAGUUUGUAAAUGAGCAGGAAGCUGAGCGUAUGUUGGAAAGCAUGCAGGAUCUGCUGAGUCAGCAGCAGCAAAUGGGGCGGAUAACAGAGCAGACACAAAUGGACUCCCAGCCAGCUGUGUUCAAGAAACCAUCUAGGCCUCCACGAAGACUGAGCAAGAAGGAUAUCUCAUCUCCUUGUAAUUUCAAACAUGUUUCAGGUAUCACGAUGCAGCGGACAUUGAGUUGCGAGCAGGAGUUGCGAGGAACCAUUCAGAGGAAGAUGAGGUCGCUGUCUCUUUCUAACCUCAGUCGCAGCAAGGGUGGAGAGGAGACAACAGAUGGUAAGGUGGUGGCUAAGAGAACAUUGAGGAGGGUUAAGACUGUUGGAAGGCAGGGCUCUCCUGAAGUCGGUGGUGCAGACAUGAGGAGAACAGAGGUUCAGAGGAUGUCCCUCCCAUCACACUUUCGUCAGAAGGAGAGACGGCCGCUCACUGCCACCUCCUUUGUUCCCCCCUCCUUUCGGCUGAACAGAGCUCUCUCACAGUCCUCAGGAGAUAUCCCCAGUGGCCAGUCCUACUCCACCCCGGAACCACACCCACAAUCUACACGCAACAUCGAAAGAAGACACACAAUGAAGGAACAUCGGCCGAUCAAUUACAACCAGGCCCCACCCACCAGGGCAAAUGUCACCACCAGCUCAGAAACAGCUCUGCACCAGAGCCCAGUGCAUGAGGCAAGGGCGCAGGUGCAGCAUCUUGCCAUAGAGUCCAGUGACAUUGUCGGCUGGACUACAGACGGUCGUCUCAUUGUUCAAAUGCCAGCCAAUCAGGGAAUGCCUGAAGUGGGACAGUUUGCGCAGGACCAAUCAUUCCCACAACUUAAGCAUGGGAGCUCAGACAUCUUGGCACCUCCUGUCCAGCAGUCGUCUCAGAAGGCUCCACCCAAGUCCCUCCAGCACUCUGUCUCUGACAAGACCAUUCGCAACAGACCACUCCCUCCAACUCCUCUGGAUAUGGUCAUGCCAAAUUCUGCUGUGGCUGCACGGACUAGACCAGUCCUUACUGCCACACAGGUUCCCGUAACAACCACACUAACAAACGGACCAUUUGGAAACACUUAUAGGCCAAGUUUCCCUCCCUCAACCACUAAUGUAGAGCCAUUUCUCUCACACACCACCAGUGGUGCACCAUCUGUUUCUCUGUCAGCCACCAAUGAGGUGCUCCCUCGGCCUGCCAGCCACACACACUCUGACUCAGUUGAAGCCUCACUGCAAGAGGUGACUGACCAGAUGUCACGAGCUCUCGCUCAGUUUGACGACCUGCUGGGUGUUGUCCAAACAUCCCUUUAGCCCCAAACUUCAUCAUUAUAAUAUUGUCAUGCGCAGAUUCUCUGGUGUAUAUUGAUGUUCUUUU